CCUCUUUGCUAGUCUUUUCUCACUACCUUUAUUUCAUCUAUCAUCUGUCCCACAGGUUUCUCUAUAUAGAUCAGUAUGCUAACACUAUAGCAUGUCAAUUUCUAUUUGUAAUGAAAAUUGUGCCCAGAAUCUUAGAAAUGCUCAACUGGAAUGCCUCUCUUCUCGUGAAUACAGUACUCAAGGUACUCAACACUUGCUUUUUGGAAAAUUCCAUAGUAAUCAAAGGCCGAAGACUCUGGAGCUAGCCAAUCACACUUUUUACAAUGGAUUUUCAGGACUCAGACUGCAGAUGCCGCCUGAUAGGGUAUCGGCGGCGGUCAUAUUGGAGCCCUCAGGCCUGCAGUUGCAGUCCCCCGAGCUCCCGGGCCCAGGACGGCAUGGCGAAGCCUAGGCAUCUCAGGGGGCUGGGGAUUUGCGUUGCCGCUGCACUGGCGUCCUUCCUCGCCGGCUUCACUCUGGGCUGGUUUAUUAAGCCUCUCAAAGAAACAACUACAUCAACUGGUUAUCAUCAAAAUAUGCAGUGGAAACUCCUAUCUGAAAUGAAAGCUGAAAACAUUAGAUCAUUUCUUCGUUCCUUUACAAAAUUUCCCCAUCUGGCAGGAACAGAACAAAAUUUACUGCUUGCCAAGAAAAUCCAAACACAGUGGAAGAAAUUUGGAUUAGAUUCAGCCAACUUGGUUCAUUAUGAUGUUCUUUUAUCUUACCCAAAUGAGACAAAUGCAAACUAUGUAUCAAUUGUGGAUGAACAUGGAGUUGAGAUUUUUAAAACAUCAUACUUUGAACCACCACCAGAUGGAUAUGAGAAUGUUACAAACAUCGUACCACCAUAUAAUGCGUUUUCAGCCCAUGGCAUGCCAGAGGGAGAGCUUGUAUAUGUCAACUAUGCUCGCACUGAAGACUUCUUCAAACUAGAAAGAGAGAUGAACAUCACCUGCACUGGGAAGAUUGUUAUUGCAAGAUAUGGGAAGAUCUUUCGAGGAAAUAAAGUUAAAAAUGCCAUGCUAGCUGGAGCCAUAGGAAUCAUCCUGUACUCUGAUCCAGCUGACUACUUUGCCCCUGAGGUACAGCCGUAUCCCAAAGGAUGGAACCUUCCUGGAGCUGCAGCACAGAGAGGAAAUGUCUUAAAUCUGAAUGGGGCAGGUGACCCACUCACUCCAGGCUAUCCAGCUAAAGAGUACACCUUCAGACUUCAUGUUGAAGAAGGAGUAGGGAUUCCGAAUAUACCGGUACAUCCAAUUGGAUACAAUGAUGCAGAGAUACUGUUACGAAACUUGGGAGGAGCUGCUCCACCAGACAAAAGCUGGAAGGGAACUCUAAAUGUUAGUUAUAAUAUCGGGCCUGGCUUUACAGGAAGUGAAUAUUCCAGGAAAGUUAGAAUGCAUGUUAAUAACAUUAACAAAAUCACAAGAAUUUACAAUGUGAUUGGAACUAUCAGAGGGUCCAUGGAACCUGAUAGGUAUGUCAUUCUGGGAGGUCAUCGUGACUCCUGGGUGUUUGGAGGGAUUGACCCUACCACUGGGACAGCAGUUUUGCAAGAGAUUGCCCAAAGUUUUGGGAAACUGAUGAAUCGAGGCUGGAGACCUAGGAGAACGAUCAUCUUUGCCAGCUGGGAUGCAGAGGAGUUUGGGCUGCUGGGUUCAACUGAAUGGGCUGAAGAGAAUGCAAAGAUCCUCCAGGACAGAAGCGUUGCUUACAUCAACUCAGAUUCAUCUAUAGAAGGCAAUUACACUCUACGAGUUGACUGUACUCCUCUUCUUUACCAGUUGGUGUAUAAAGUGGCAAGAGAGAUCUCCAGCCCCGAUGAUGGUUUUGAAAGUAAAACACUUUAUGAAAGCUGGUUGGAAAAAGACCCUUCACCUGAAAAUAAAGAUUAUCCUAGAAUCAAUAAGCUGGGAUCUGGAAGCGAUUUUGAGGCUUAUUUUCAGAGACUUGGAAUUGCCUCAGGCAGAGCUCGCUACACUAAGAACAGGAAAACAGAUAAAUACAGUAGCUAUCCUGUAUACCAUACCAUCUAUGAGACGUUUGAAUUAGUAGAGAACUUUUAUGACCCUACAUUUAAAAAACAGCUUUCUGUGGCUCAGUUUCGAGGAGCAUUGGUAUAUGAGCUUGCAGACUCUGUUAUCAUUCCUUUCAACAUUCAAGACUAUGCAAAAGCCUUGAAAACCUAUGCAGCAAAUAUCUUCAAUUUAUCAAAGAAACACAAACAGCAACUGAGAAACUAUGGAGUGUCAUUUGAUUCCUUAUUUUCUGCUGUGACAAACUUUUCAAAGGCUGCUUCAGACUUUCAUAGAAGACUCACACAAGUUGAUCUUACUGAUCCUAUUGCAGUGCGAAUUAUGAAUGACCAACUGAUGCUUCUGGAAAGAGCAUUCAUAGAUCCUCUUGGUUUACCUGGGAGGCCGUUCUACAGGCACAUCAUCUUUGCUCCAAGUAGUCACAACAAAUAUGCUGGAGAAUCAUUCCCUGGGAUUUAUGAUGCCAUGUUUGAUAUCGAAAAUAGAGCAGACCCCCACUUGGCCUGGGCAGAAGUGAAGAAACAUAUUUCUAUUGCCGCUUUCACGAUUCAAGCAGCAGCAGGGACACUGACAGAUGGGUUGUAAAGCUCCUGUCAAGUAGCCUCAUCUCUAACAGCACUGCAGAGGGUUUGAGAGUGAAGCUGUCAGAGGGAGGUCUUGCUCAAACGGAUUCACCACUAAAGGUG